UUGUACAAAGUAAUGAAUGGCUCAACGUCACAUGCGAGAUAAGUCUUAUCGCCGCUUCCCCUCUGCCGGCCGUGUGCCAUUCUGUCCAUGGAAUAAGCGGAUAAGUACGGAGUACAUCGCAUCAAUAUUUGCUGCAGACGCAGUAUGUCAUUUACUGUUAGAUUUUUGUAUAAGCUCAAUAAUCCUCCGAUGGAUCGAGUGUCAGACAAUUAGUAGAGCAGAGUGUCAGUAAUCCACCAAUCGGAGAAACCUGCUCACGUGCCUACAGCUUCAAGUGAUCGCUGAUUGGCUGAGAAUCGCAUGGAAGUGAUGCGAUCGAUGCCUUGGUGCCUGAGAGCAUCCGCUCAGUCAUACUGAUUGACAGGACGCCUCCGCUGUAUCCAUCACCUUGGAAGCCAUUAUCAACCCUGCCACCUCGUUCUCCUGCAAACGUCUUCGACCAAGCUUUCGAAGUAUACCAUCCGUGUUCUGCUUUCUGCUACCGUUCUUUCGAAUAUUCGAAGCACUUGCCGCUCCAUCUUGCUCAUCUCGAACCCUCCGCAAUGUCGACAUCUGCUCGCCGUCGCUUGAUGCGUGACUUCAAGCGUAUGCAAACAGAUCCCCCAGCUGGUGUUUCUGCAUCUCCCGUCGCCGACAAUGUCAUGACUUGGAAUGCUGUUAUUAUCGGACCUGCCGACACCCCCUUCGAAGAUGGAACCUUUCGUCUAGUCAUGCACUUUGAAGAACAAUACCCAAACAAACCACCCGGCGUCAAGUUCAUCAGUCAGAUGUUCCAUCCGAACGUCUAUGGCACUGGUGAACUGUGUCUGGAUAUUUUACAGAACCGUUGGAGCCCCACGUAUGACGUGGCCGCGAUCUUGACCAGUAUCCAGAGUCUACUCAACGACCCUAAUACCUCUUCCCCCGCCAAUGUCGAGGCUUCGAAUUUGUAUAAGGACAACCGCCGUGAAUAUGUCAAGCGAGUCCGUGAAACCGUGGAGAAGAGCUGGGAAGACUAAAUUAGGAGAACACCUCGCUACCCGACAGCCUGUUUCUGGCUACAUGCUUUCUAUUACGCUGUGUGCUCUUUCGACCUCCUGAAUAAAUAUUUCCCAACCUGAACAGCUUCAGUUACCAUUCGGCCUUGCACAGCGCGGAGUUUAUGGCGUGAUUCACCGCGGCUUGUUUACAUAACAUGUUUUCCUUGUCUCUUAGUCUGUUUAUCCUAUUCGACCAUGAGCUUCUUGUAAUCUUUCAUUCGAUUGAUAUUCAUGUGGUUAACUGCCUGACAUUUGCAUCUGUUUUGUUUGAGUUUGCUUACGUUAAUGAAGAUAUUUUGACUCAGUCUUAUUAUUGACAUAGCCUUAUAAUUCCUCUUCAA